AUGUCCGAAGGUGGUCAUAGCACCGACCCUUAUACAGACAGAAAUGACAUGGGCACUUGGAUCACAGUUCAGGAGGGACAUAUCGGUUCUGGCUAUAUAGUCCACAGCAAACAUUUUGACUGGACCGCAUGGAGGAAAGACCAGUCCUACCACGGAGGCAGGGCUCGAUAUCUCAUACUGAAGCGUGGCCAGACGGUAUACUUUCCGCCUGGCACCAUUCAUUUCUUCUUCAGCUUGCCGCAAGAACAGUCAUUGGCUGUUAGGGGAUCUGUUCUCCAGUGGUCCGAAGAUGCCACUGAGCUGCUUGGUGGAGCGGAAGUUGCUGAAAGAACUUUGGCUAUCUUGAAGAACUGGGACAACUGGGAGCCAGAUGCAGUAAACCCCUUGGGAGAUGAGUUUUAA